UUUAUCAACAAUAUUAUUAUUUUCUCGGAUACGCUUAAGGACUACAUUAAACAUCUAACUCAAAUCUUUCAAUUUUUUAUAUUUCGCAAUAUUACCCUUCCCCAAACAAAGUCUUACUUUAUUUACCCGAACAUCAAAUUUUUAACGUUCUACAUCGAUAUAUUAGGACUAUUAAUAACCGCCGAAAAGAUUAAAAAAUUUGAAUAA